UGUCAAUCUGUCAUGUUUGUACGUCAUUUAACAGUGUCUUAGAGGUUGUUUUUACAAACCAUUUAUUAAUGCUUUUAUAUUAUUGUAAAUAGUGAAUUGCCUGUAAAUGGUUAGUUGUAAUUAGUACAACCAGUGUAAAUAUUUACGUCAAUAGGUACGAAUGUUUUAGGUAAAAAUGGAUGGUCAGGGGCCAGAAGUGACGUUCCUAUUUCAAUUUGGUUUAAUUCGAGAUGCAAUUACAGUUCCAGUAGCAUCCUUGAAUCUUAAAACAAUUAAAGACUUAGCUUGCAAUUUUAUAAACUCAAAAAUUCCUGACCACGGGAUCAACAGGCUGGAAGAUCGUCUUUUGCUAUUCAGACAUGAAUACAACUCAAAUAACAUUCUUCAGUUCAUCAACUCGGCAUCAGAAAUUGUUGAUGAAACUCUGAUUGAGAUUGUAUUGACUGGAAAAGUUGUUUCUACUCCAGAAAUCAUAAUAGUCAGACCGCAUGCUCUCUCAGUUCAUUCUUACAAAACACCAACGUUUUGCGACUUUUGUGGCGAAAUGUUGUUUGGGCUAGUUCGCCAGGGUCUCAAAUGUGAAGGAUGUGGUCAAAAUUAUCACAAGAGAUGUGUGGUGAAAGUUCCAAACAACUGCUCAUAUACUCUUUUGGAAGACAAGCAAAGGAGGCGCUCUACUACUCUGCAAGUUCCGCGAAGCCCUUCAGGAGGUUCCAAUUCAUCGUUAGCUUCCGCAAAUUCAACACAGACGGAGGAUAGUGGAUUGUUUCAGGCACCGAACAGGUCACCAUCUCUCGGGGGCCGACCGGCAUGGGUAGAGAAAGAAAUGUCAAGCAGAGUAAAAAUUCCACACACGUUCGUCUUGCACACUUACACAAGACCGACAGUGUGUCAGCAUUGUAAAAAACUGUUGAAAGGACUUUUCAAACAAGGUCUUCAGUGCAAAGACUGCAAUUACAACGCACACAAAAAAUGUAUGGAUAAAGUACCGAAAGAUUGUACGGGUGAAGUACCAAAAGAAAAUUCUUGCAAUUACGACUACGCCGACAGCUCUGCCAGUAACGACAGUCAGUGCCAUUUGACUUUGGUCGAAGAUGAAAACGAAGACGAAAAACUGAAUGGUGCUAACAAAUAUAUUGAAGUUAUUCCAGUUCACGAUGACGACAACGAUUCUAUUCCUUCCAGUUGUAGCUCUUCCUCCUCUCCCAGUGCCAACAUUCCAUUACAACGAAUAGUACAGUCAGUAAAACACACAAAAAGAAGGGGCUCCAAGGUGAUUAAAGAGGGCUGGCUUGUACAUUUUACUAACAAAGAUCGUAUGGUGCGACGUCACUUCUGGCGUCUUGAUACAAAGUCAAUUCUUUUAUUUCAAAAUGACCACACUUCAAAGUAUUACAAAGAAAUUCCGCUUUCGGAAAUUUUAACGAUCGAUUCGGCACGAUCUAAACAAGCCGAAGUGAUGCAUUGUUUUGAAAUUAGGACUGCAAAUGUUGAUUAUUUCGUGGGUCAGGACCCUUUGUAUGACCUUCAAGACGGUAACAAUGUGAAUUUACCACCGCCAGAUAGCGGAGUUGGGGCUUAUUUAGCCAAAAGUUGGGAAACUUCUAUAAGGCAGGCUUUGAUGCCUGUUACAUCUGGUCCAAAAGCGGAAGAAACAAACGAAAGUGAGGAACACAUAAUGGACAUGAGCCAAAUCUAUCAAAUAUAUCCAGACGAGGUUUUGGGUUCGGGUCAAUUUGGUAUUGUUUAUGGGGGGAUUCACCGAAAAACCACAAGGCCUGUGGCUAUUAAAGUGAUAGACAAGUUGAGAUUUCCUACUAAACAAGAAGCUCAACUAAAAAAUGAGGUGGCAAUUUUACAAAACCUGUCACAUCCAGGUGUUGUUAAUUUAGAACGGAUGUUUGAAACACCCGAGAGGAUUUUUGUGGUUAUGGAAAAAUUAAAAGGGGAUAUGUUGGAAAUGAUUUUAUCUCACGAAAAAGGGCGCUUAACUGAACGGGUUACGAAAUUUUUAAUUACUCAGAUUCUGAUAGCCUUAAAACAUCUGCAUAGUAAAAAUAUUGUUCACUGUGAUUUGAAACCGGAAAAUGUUCUCUUGAGUUCGGAUGCUGAAUUUCCACAAGUGAAAUUAUGUGACUUUGGGUUUGCUCGAAUUAUUGGUGAAAAGUCGUUUCGCAGGUCUGUGGUUGGAACUCCAGCAUAUCUCGCGCCAGAAGUUCUUCGCAACAAGGGUUAUAACCGAUCGUUGGAUAUGUGGAGUGUGGGUGUAAUAGUUUACGUAAGUCUGAGUGGAACAUUUCCAUUCAAUGAGGAUGAAGAUAUUAACGAACAAAUUCAGAAUGCGGCAUUCAUGUACCCUCCAAAUCCCUGGAAAGAAAUCUCAUCAGACGCUAUUGAUCUCAUCAAUAAUUUGCUACAAGUCAAGCAGAGGAAACGUUAUACUGUUGAUAAAUCUUUGCAACAUAUUUGGUUGCAGGACUAUCAAACUUGGUGCGAUUUGCGAACAUUGGAGAACCAAAUAAGCGUUCGGUACUUGACUCACGAAUCGGAUGAUGCACGAUGGGAGCGAUACAGGGCGGAGCUUUGACCUGAGAAAGGUUGGCUUCACAAUGUUAAAAAGUGCCUACGAGGUAUGAAGACCUAGGCAGCUCAAAAUCUCUAUGGAAUUGCUAGAGCACACUUAACGUUUCUCGAUAAAAAUUUUCUGUGAUGUCACCUUCGACUUUCCCUCACUAAUUAGUCACAGAUGUUUUAUCGAACACUUCUUGAAUGGUUUCAUUUUAAAUGAAUCUACUUAAGUACACCAGUUACUUAUUAUUAUAUAGUUUAUUUUUUAUAUUGUUUUUUAUUAUUUUGUAACGUAGUUUUUCUUAAUUUUAUUGUUAUUGAGAAAAUUCUUGUUUUUCUUGAUUGAAGAUGAUUUACGCCAGUAUUUUCGAAAUCAGUAAACGGGACCUGUUAAACGCCGAAUACUUUUAUAUUUGAAAGUACUGGUUUGAAUUGUUUUACGUAGUUAUAAAAAAUACUCAAUAUUUUAGUAAUUAAGUUGGUAUGACGUAUAUAAGAAAAAGUGCACAGUAGUAAGUAUAAAAAAGCUUUAAUAUUCGUACUGGAUCUAAUUGUGUAUAAUUACGUAUUUAUUUUAAUAUUGGUAAGUCUAAGUGUUGUUACAUACAGUUAUUGAAAUUUUAAUUUUAAGAAGAUUGGGCAAUUAAUUUUUAGGUGCUUUGUUCUAGUUCACAAUAUUGUGGGUUGUAAAUAGAGAUUGCAGAGCACAUCUAGUUUUUACUGGGACCGUAAAAUCGAAGAGGUUGCACAAGGUGGUGCAAUGAACAGAUCGGAAUAAUUUCCAUUCAACGAAACUUGUCCAAUUUUCUUUAAUAUUGUCAAUGCUGCUUUUAUCACAACAGCCAAAUAAUUCUAAAACAGUUUUACAUCGCAGCCUUGACAACCUUUUUUACCUUGUACUUUGAUCCUGCUUUCUUAGCCAAAUAGUGGCCUUAGAUCUUACAAACUCCUACCUGUCGCUUCCAAAACGCAGAUUUGUGUAAGAUUUUCAGGAUCGAAGUAACAAGGAAUUACAAAUUACUGUUACAUAAGGUUGUGUUUGUUGAUAUUAUAAUAAAUCUCGCCAAAUGAUUUGAAUCUCAAGUAGGGACUUAUUCCAUAAUUUUUGACCUGAUCUUGUGAUGACAAUAGGAUAGUAGACCAAUAGUAUUGCACUUAAAAAUCUGGCCUAAUAAAUGUGCUUCAGUAUUGUCACGUUAAAGUUAGUGAAUUUAUUAUAAGUGUUGAAGGGUUCUUUAAUGACAAGGACUUGAUUUUAUUAAUUGUAUUUAUAUAUUUGUAUCAUAGUGUUGGCUUGGUACAGGGAAUUAUAUUUUAUAUUAAAUGUACAUGUAUAUAAAGAUAUACAGCUGA